CAGAUACACAUACAAACACCCAUCCAUAUAUAUAAAUAUAACUCACUCCCUUGAUACUCGCCUCCUCUAUAUUUUAUUAUCUACACUGAAACAGGAUCAAGACCAGAAAGGAUGGUGGGUCCGAACAGGCCUCAGAUUGUGUUAUUUGGAUCCUCCAUUGUGCAGAUGAGUUACAGCCAUGGUGGCUGGGGCUCCAUUCUUUCUGAUAUCUACUCUCGGAAGGCAGACAUAAUAUUGCGAGGAUACUACGGUUGGAACUCCCGGCGUGCUAUUGAAGUGCUUGAUCAAAUUUUUCCUAAGGAUGCUUCCGUUCAGCCUUCCUUGGUGAUUGUCUACUUUGGUGGUAAUGACUCGAUGGGGCCUCAUUCAUCUGGUCUUGGUCCUCAUGUACCACUCCCUGAAUAUGUUGAAAAUAUGAGGAAAAUCGCAAUUCAUCUCAAGAGCCUUUCAGAUACAACUCGCAUAAUAUUUCUUAGUUCUCCACCUCUUAAUGAGGUCUAUCUCCGUGAGAACCAGAGUGCAGCAUUAAGUCCACUAAUUCGAACAAAUGAGUUGUGCCGAGAAUAUUCAGAAGCUUGUAUAAGCUUGUGCCAUGAGGAGGGCGUGAAAGUCAUUGAUCUUUGGACUGCAAUACAGCAAAAAGAUGAUUGGUUGACUGCUUGCUUUACAGAUGGACUUCAUUUAUCGGCAGAGGGAAGUAAGAUAGUUGUGCAGGAGAUACUAAAGGUGCUCAAAGAAGCUGAUUGGACCCCUUCCUUGCACUGGAAAUCCAUGCCAACCGAAUUUGCAGGGGGGUCGCCUUACAAUCUUGUAGGUGCAGAUGGAAAAAGCACCCUAGAUCCAUCCGACUGGACUUUCUAUAGAGAAAUCAAGUGGGACUAAAAUUGCUGAAGAACCUCCCACCAGAAGCUAAAGAACGGGCCUAAGAAAUGGAAUACGGAUGGAAUAGAAUUGAGAAAUUGCUGCCAAUUAUGAUUAGUGUAAUUUUAUGUGAUUCGUUAGGCCACAAUAUCGACAUGUGGUCAUUAUAUAUGUUUUGUUAGGCUACAAUGUUGACAUGGUCAUAUCUUCCAGGUUACUAAAAGCAGUUGCAUCUUGUUUAUGUAACCAACUUGGCCAGUUUAUGUUUUCAUGCUUUAUGAAGGAAUGGGGUUAAUCGAGUGCUAUACUA